AUGACCAAUUAUACAAUUUUAAAGUCUGAAAAUUUACCGGAGUCUCUAAAGAAUAAACCAAAAUGGCUGGUAUGUGUCGUUUGCACUGCAGCUCUCAUUGUGAUGAUCAUGUCGGCUAUAGCUGUAGGCGUGUUCAUUGGAUAUACUUACUGCUAUGUGGAACACAAGAGUGGACUUAGAACAGGAAACAUCACACAUUCAGCAGCUAUUCAAAUAUUCCAUGAAGAUACACCCGAAGAAGUUUAUAAAAGAACAAUAAAUGGUGCUUCGAAAUUGUUCAUAUCAAAAAUUAUGAAAAUUGGCCACACGUUAUGGGAAGACGUAGACGACUCUAAAUAUCAACAGGGUACCCACCAAGCGAAAACAAUUGAAAUAUAAACACGAAAAUAAAUAGUCUUGAUAGUAUGCAACCUAUCAUACU